UUCCUGGUCUUCGUUUCAAUUCCGUCAAAGAUUUCUCGUAUCUCAUCUUUUUACGUACACUUCAGUUCUAGCUUUGCAGAGCCUGAAAUUUAUUUGGAUUUAUUCGAUUCAUAAUUUUUUUGAUAUGGCUGGUAUGUGUUGUGGUGUCGUCGGUGAGACAAACACGCCAUCCACGGUUGAGCAUAGCGGUGGUCGUCAAGGGAGGCGUCGCCGGAUGGAAAUUCAACAGCUUAAAUUCCUAGCGGCUGCCGCCUCUGACGUGGUGAUGCCUCUUCCCGGGAGUACCGGAAAGCGAAGAAAGGUUGAAAGUCUCGAUAUGAUUCAAACUAGUCGUAGUGGUGGUGAUAUUGCUGUGACUACGCCGGAAGGGUUCGAGAACGCAGUUCAGGCUUGUGAUAUGAAGUUGGAAGAAGUCGGAUCUUCUGGUACUUCUUCGGAGACCAAGCGUUUGAAUAGAUGCGGAGCUUCGUUGGAGACUUUGGACAGAGAUGUUUCUGAUGAGGAAAAUUCUAGAUUCGGUCUCACCGUUGUGUGUGGAAGGAGGAGAGAUUUGGAAGAUGCCGUUGCUGUAAAACCGUCGUUUUGUAAGACGAGUUCUCAGAAUUGCAACGACCUGCACUUUUAUGGCGUUUACGAUGGCCAUGGCUGCUCGCAUGUUGCAAUGAAGUGCAAAGACAGAAUGCAUGAAAUAGUGAAGGAAGAAGUGGAGAAUGGCGAGAAGUCGAUGGAAUGGAAACAGACUAUGGUGAAGAGUUUCUCACGAAUGGAUAAGGACGUAACAGAAUGGAGCAACAAUGCUUCGAGCUCGAAUUGUAGAUGCGAACUUCAAACUCCUCAGUGCGACGCCGUUGGAUCUACUGCGGUCGUUGCGGUGGUGACUCCCGAUAAGAUCGUCGUCUCCAACUGCGGAGAUUCGCGUGCAGUUCUUUGCCGGAACGGCGUUGCUAUUCCCCUAUCCUCCGAUCAUAAGCCUGAUCGACCUGAUGAACUUGAGAGGAUCGAAGAAGCUGGUGGCCGAGUAAUAUACUGGGAUGGCGCUAGAGUUCUCGGCGUUCUAGCCAUGUCUAGAGCAAUCGGCGACAACUACUUGAAGCCGUACGUGAUUCCGGAACCGGAGGUAACCGUAACGGAACGGACGGCCGAGGACGAGUGCCUUAUCCUUGCCAGCGACGGCCUCUGGGAUGUGGUAUCAAACGAUGUGGCAUGCAGUGUGGCUCGCAUGUGCCUGAGUUCCCAGGAUGUUCCAUCGCCGCCGCGGUCGCCGGGAAGUGAACUAAAUGUUGCUCGCGGUGAGAGCUCCGACAAAGCAUGCUCCGAUGCGUCGAUACUUCUAACGAAAUUGGCGUUGGCUAGACGGAGCACGGAUAACGUCAGCGUGGUGGUCGUUGAUCUGAGGAGAACAGUAUAGCCAUAACCAUAAGCCACUAUUAAUUCUAAGAUGAAGGAUUUGAUGUCUUAUUAACGAUGAUGAAGAUAUAAAUGUAUAGUUUUUUGAGGGAGUAAUAUCCCUCCGGUCCUCAAUCGGACAUGAUAUUAAUCGAAUUUCUUUCUUUCUGG